AUGACGCUGCUAUACAUAAGGGGACUAGCCCCCUACCAACCAGGUGACAACGGUACCGAUGUGAUCAUUAACGAAGUGCACUUCAAUCGAACCACACUAGACACCUACAACUACAGGCUCUACACCAACGGAACACUUUCCAAUGGCACAAACUGCUACCUAGCCUUCCAGCGAUUCAGACCUCAUAUGUUCGCCGAGAAUGGCACGUUCAUCAACGGAACAUCGUGCUACGCGCCCAUCAAUGAUAUCGGCCAACAUGCGUCCCUCGGCCUCGCAUAUGCGCUGAUGUUUGUCAUCGCCAUCUUCCUCAGCCUCAUUAACCUCCGCAAGCACGGCCGAAGCUACCUACGGCAUGACCACCGCUGGAACAUCGUAAGCCGACGACUAAAAUGGUGCUGGCUCAUAUUCGUCGCCGUCUGCGGCGCCAUUAGCUGCUUCAUGAGCAUCGACGUCGAUAGAAACUACCUCCAAAGCGCACCUCUGAUCCUCCAAAGCGUAUUUUACACCCUCUUAACACCAGGCCUAAUGGCCGCAGUCUGGGAAGCCGUCCGACACUGGGCAAGCUGGCAAGCCCGCCAAAUCCACGACCGCGACCCCUACGCCUUCACGAAAACCAGCACACGCACACGGCAGGAAACCCUCCUCCCGAUUCUCUUCUACAUCCUCGCCCUCCUAAAUUUCAUCCUCACCGUGCCCCGCAGCUGGUCCGCCAUCGAGCUCCAACGCAGCGAAGAGCAACAAACCCUCAACGCCCGCCCAGUAGCAACAGACACCCGCUGGCGCGCAGCAGGCUUCAUAGCUCUAGCCGGCAUGCUAGUGAUAACCUACAGCCUCGAACACAGCAUCUACCGGUACAAGCCUCGCCCAUCCAGCACAGCCGGCCAACUCCUCUUCUACCUAAACGCCGCACCCUCCCAAUUCCUCCUCGCCAUCGCCAUCCUAGGAAUUAAAAUCGGCUACGCCAUCGCCUCAGCCUUCGAUUGGACCGUCUCACCACUGAAAUACGAUGUCCAGUCCGGCUGGAUCUAUGGCCUAGGCUAUACCCCCGCCCUACUUAUCAUUCUCCUCUUUAAUAUCUGCGGCUACUGCGAGCUAAACGAGGACAAGGCACUCAUAGCGCGACGCGGGGAACUAGAAUCCGCAUUAGCCAGCGACGUGGGUAUCGGACAGAGAAAUCCACCGUGGUGGAAGAAGCAACGGCUGCGUUCGCUCGCGAGGGAGGUAACAGGUCGGGGAUCCCCGAUUGACCGGGACAUGGAGGAUAUGGCCCGCCAUCCGGACCCUCAUCUGCGCCGUCCCCCCGGUCAUCAUCACUCCCUCGACUCUCCGGGGUUUUGCCCGCUCUCGACAUGGUGGAUUGCGCCACGCCCGUUCCCCCUCGCUUGCCCUCCAUUUCACGAUAUGUCAAAAAGCUGCCCGACACGCGACUGGCGCUCCAGGACUUCCCGUCCGUCCAUCUGCGCAUCCCCGCUUCCCGCUCAUCCCACACGAAGACCGAUCCGGAUCGAAUUAAUUGGCGUUCUUUCUCGGACAAUCGUCUCUGUACGCGGGGCAGGAGGCCAAUGCGACAUGCUUCGAAGAGGAUAA